GCGUAAUGUGCUUUCAAACAUUGGUGAUUUUGUGGCAUUUUAGGUUGAUCCUUAGUUUAUAAAGUUCCUAGAGUCACAUUACUUGAACUGUAUUAAGUCAUGAACAAGUUAUGAUAUUAAAGGAAAGGCAGUUAAUUAAUCAGCCUAAGGGGUAUCUUAUUUAUGUGUAUUGUGUGGCUUAGGACACCUGCGCGGUUCAGAAAGUUACCAAGUAUUUUCGUUUUUGGAAUCAUUUUGUUCCCUUUUGAGUUUGGAAAUGAGUAACCUGUGCUAUUAUGGCCUGGUGGGUAUUUAAGUCUCAGUUGGGAAACUUGGCCUCAUUCCAAGAGUAAUCGCAAAUAACAUCUUCAAUAUAAAAUACUGAUUUGCUUCCAAGAGUGAUUUGACCGACCAAGAGAGUAUCACAGUCCUCCUGUCUAAGGCACUUGCGAAGGAAAUUGUUUUGUCAAGAAAGACUGUGAAUCGUCUUCACGAGAAUAAAGCCCAACUGAACUCAAUAUCAAUGCACCUUGGAGAAAGUGUCGCAAUUGCCCGAACUGUGGGUCAUUUGUCCAAGAGUGCGGAGGUCAUGAAGCUUGUCAAUAACCUCAUGAAAGCACCAGAAAUGGCAACCACAAUGCAAGAAUUCAGCAAAGAAAUGACCAAGGCAGGGGUUAUUGAAGAAUUCGUUACCGAUGCCGUUGACUCCGCAUUGGAUUCGGAAGAUAUAGAGGAAGAAACUGAAGAAGAAGUUGAUAAAGUUCUGACUGAAAUAGCUGGUGAGACAGCUGCACAGCUUCCCGAAGCUGUCAGGAAGGAAAGGAUAAAGUUACCUGCCGAGAGAGCUAGCACUUCUCAAGAAGAAGAAGCUAUAGCAGAAGGUGCAGACGAUGAGGAAGAGCUGGAAGAGUUAAGGGCUCGACUUGCGAAAGUGAGAUCAUAGUUUUUCACAAUGUUAACAUUCCUUAUUCACUCAGUACUGUCAGUGAUAUUAAAAAAAGAAAAGAAAAAAAAGAAGAAGUGUGUGCAAGUAAAUUAGUGUUGGAGUCAAUUGUCCUAUUUGAGAAUUGAGAUUGUAGGGCUUAAAGUUAAAACCCAGCUUACCUAAUUAUGACUCAAACGAUAGCUUCUUAGCAAACCUCAUUAUGUAUGUAAUUUGUCGCAUCCUUAAAUAAAUAUUAUUAACUUUCA